CUUGGAGAGUGUUUAAGUUUUUUCCUCUUCUACAGUGUGUAUUGUCAGCUAUUAUUGUGGUAGCAAUAAAGUCCUUGUUAAAGCAGAUUGGUGAACUGAGAGAACUUUGGAAGACUUCCAAGCUGGAUACUUUUACGUGGCUUGCUACCUUCUUCGCUGUAGUUGUAUUAGAUGUGGAUUAUGGCCUCAUUAUUGGAAUCGUUUUCUCCUUAAUUACAGUUCUUUAUCGUUCUCAAGUCCCCAAAACAUCCAUCUUGGGCCAUAUUCCUGGGACAGAAUUUUACAGGGACGUAGCCAAGUACCCUACAGCUAGGCUUAUUCCAGGAAUAAGGAUCUGCCAUUUUGGGUCUUCGUUGUAUUUUGCUAACAAGGAAUUCUUCAGGUCCGAAGUGUACCGACUAGUAGGAGUCCACCCACAAGAGUUAUCCAGACAUACAAGCACUCCAGCAUUGGGAGAUUGUGUAAGUGUAGUUUCAGAUUGA